GACAUUUUGCAUGCGCACGCUCAUAAAAGUCCUUCGAUUCAAUCUUUCAUUCUCAAAUCUCAAAUCUAUUUCCUUGUUUAGAAAGAUGGCAGACAACAAACUUUAUGAUAUAUUAGGAGUGACCAGAAACUCUUCAGACAAUGAGAUAAAAAAGCAAUACCGGAAGUUAGCCAAAGAAUUCCAUCCCGACAAAAAUCCCGAAGCAGGUGAUAAAUUCAAAGAGAUCAGUUAUGCAUAUGAAGUGUUAUCUGACCCUAAAAAGAGGGCCACCUAUGAUAAAUUCGGCCUCAAAGGCAUGCAGGAAGGAGCGCACGAUGGAUUUGGUGGAGAUGAUCUGCUUUCACACCUGUUUGGUGGUGGAUUAUUCGGAGGUUUUGGUGGAUUUGGUGGUGGCGGUGGUGGAGGAGGGAUGCGUAGACGACAAAGGGGGGAGGACACUAUCCAUCCCUUGAAGGUUACUUUAGAAGAUAUGUACAAUGGGAAAACUUCCAAGCUGCAGCUUAGUAAGAAUGUAAUUUGUGCAACUUGUGCAGGUAAAGGCAGUAAAAGUGGUCUCACUGAGAAAUGCCACACUUGUAAUGGUUGUGGUUUGAAAGUAACAUUUCGUCAAAUAGCACCAGGAAUGGCACAACAAACUCAGUCUCGUUGCCCAGAUUGCCAAGGUGAGGGUGAGACCAUUAAAGACAAGGAUAGAUGUACAUCUUGUAGAGGUAAGAAAGUUUGUAAUGAAACCAAGAUCAUAGAAGUUCAUGUUGAUAAGGGCAUGAAAGAAAACCAGAAGAUUUUCUUUCGUGGAGAAGGUGAUCAACAACCUGAUGUUGAAGCUGGUGAUGUAGUGAUUAUCCUGCAGCAGAAACCUAAUGAACAAUUCCAGAGGAAUGGUAAUGAUUUACAUGUCAAACAUUCAUUAUCUUUAACUGAAGCAUUGUGUGGAUUUUCCUUCAUUUUACAUCAUUUGGAUGGACGUGAUAUUUUGAUUAAACAACCAGCUGGGGAAGUUGUUAAACCAGGUGAUAUCAAGGCUGUGAUUGGAGAAGGCAUGCCUAUUUAUAAGAAUCCAUUUGAAAAAGGAAAUUUGUAUGUAGCAUUUGAAAUCAAGUUCCCUGAAGAUCAUUUCACAUCUGAAGCAAAUCUUAAGGCUUUGGAAACUCUGCUUCCACCUCGACCUGAGUUCACAAUGCCCAUAGGAGAUCAUGUAGAAGAAGUUGAUCUACAUGAAUUUGAUCCUAAUGACAGAUCCUCUCAUUCAGGGCGUGGAGAAGCAUAUGCCAGUGAUGAUGAAGAUCAAAUGCAUGGACCAGGUAUACACAGGUGUGCAACUCAGUAGGUUAUUUCAUUAGUUAGUUCACUGCAGAUGUGUAUGUUGUUCUGUGCUUCUUUCUGAAUAAGGAAAUGUAAUUUGAAAUUUAUAAUGUAGAAAAAUGAGUUAACGUUGAAACCAUUUUGUAAUUUGUCAUCCACAUAUAUUUAAUAAACUGUUGCAACUUCAAGAAAAUAUCAGUAAACCAGUUAGAAUUACUCCAGGAAUUACUAUAUCAUAACAUAUAAUUUAUUAUGUACACUUAGUUGACUCUUUCUUUACUUAUAAUGAAAUAAUACAAAUUAUUUUAAAGAACAGUGUAAUUUUUUAGUAUAACUUGAUUCACAAUUCAAUUUGACCAAUACACAGGGUGAAGAAAUGUAUAGAUAAAUAGUUAUCAUACAUAAAGAAUUUUGUUGAGUCCUGAAUUCCUGCUAUUAUAGACCUAUGGAAAAAAAUCUUGAUCUGGUGAAAAAUAUUUUUCAAGAACUAUAAUCAAAUCAUGUAUACAGUCUGUUCAAGAUAAGGUUGCAC